ACUUCAGUCUCUUCUCCAUCACUGUCACUGCUUUCACACACUCUCCCUCUCUAAAACCUCCAUUGUUACUCUAAGCAUCUUUCUUCAUCUUCUGGCUUUAUGGUCCAGAAAAGAAAGGUAAGCCCUCUAGUUCAGUCUCUGAGUUAACACUGAUUUUCUCUCUUAACUGUCAACUCUAGCUUAAAGGCAUGUUAGCUUUUAUUUGCUGGGUUGCUUUUCUCUGCAACUUCAAUAUUCAACUGAGUCAUGCUUUGAGUGGAGAAGGCUAUGCGCUUUUAUCGUUCAAACAGUCAAUUGCCGAGGACCCAGAAGGGUCCUUGAUGAACUGGAACUCCUCUGAUGAAAACCCUUGUUCAUGGAAUGGGAUUACAUGCAAGGAAGAAAGAGUUAUCUCUGUUAGCAUUCCAAAGAAGAAGCUUUACGGCUUUUUUUCUUCUGCUUUAGGGUCUCUCUCGGAUCUUCGCCAUGUAAAUUUAAGGAACAAUAGGUUUUAUGGAAGCUUGCCUAGGGAGCUCCUUGAGGCUAAAGGGCUUCAAAGUUUAGUCCUUUAUGGGAAUUCAUUAUCUGGCUCCUUGCCAUUUGAGAUUGGCAAGCUCAAGUAUCUGCAAACUUUAGAUUUAUCUCAAAAUUUCUUAAAUGGGUCUAUCCCUGCAUCCAUUAUACAAUGCAAGAGGCUUAGGACCCUUGAUCUGAGUCAAAACAACCUCACUGGUGCACUGCCUGAUGGGUUUGGGACUAGUUUUGUCUCAUUGGAAAAACUUGAUCUAUCAUUCAACAAAUUUAAUGGUUCAAUUCCUAGUGAUAUAGGUAACUUAUCUAAUUUGCAAGGAACUGUUGAUUUUUCUCAUAAUCUGUUCAGUGGUUCAAUCCCUGCUAGCCUAGGAAAUUUGCCUGAGAAAGUUUAUAUUGAUCUCACGUACAACAAUCUAAGUGGGGCAAUACCUCAAAAUGUUGCUCUAUUGAACAGAGGACCAACUGCAUUUAUUGGGAAUCCUGGGCUUUGUGGCCCUCCAUUGAAGAACCCUUGUUCUCCCGAUAGUCCUGGCGCAAGUUCACCUUCCUCGUACCCAUUUUUCCCUAGUAAUAGCACUCCUGAGAGUUCGGUUGACAAUGGUGGGAGCAGUGGGAAAGGAAGAGCCUUAAGUAGGAGUUCUGUCGUUGCAAUUGUAAUUUGCGAUAUAAUUGGAAUUUGCCUUGUUGGAUUGCUUUGCUCUUAUUGUUAUUCAAAAUUUUGUGCAUAUAGCAAUGAUAAGGAUGAAAAUGGUUAUGGGUUUGAGAAAGCGGGGAAGCGAAAGAAAGAGUGCUUGUGUUUUAGGAAGGAUGAAUCUGAGACUUUAUCAGAAAAUGUGGAGCAAUAUGAUCUUGUGCCAUUGGAUACACAGGUGGCAUUUGACUUGGACGAGUUGCUUAAAGCUUCAGCUUUUGUUCUAGGAAAGAGCGGAAUUGGUAUUGUUUACAAAGUAGUUCUUGAAGAUGGGCUCACCUUAGCUGUUAGGAGAUUGGGAGAAGGAGGCUCUCAAAGGUUUAAGGAAUUCCAGACAGAAGUCGAAGCAAUUGGGAAGUUAAGGCAUCCCAACAUUGUUACUCUCAGAGCCUAUUACUGGUCUGUCGACGAGAAGCUGCUCAUCUAUGACUACAUACCUAAUGGAAGCCUUGCCAGUGCACUACAUGGGAGGCCUGGAAUGGUAUCGUUUACACCACUAUCAUGGUCUAUUCGUUUGAAAAUAAUGAAGGGAACUGCGAAAGGCUUGGUCUACCUACAUGAAUUUAGUCCUAAAAAGUAUGUCCACGGAGAUUUAAAGCCGAGCAAUAUACUGCUCGGACAGGACAUGGAACCUCAUAUUUCCGACUUUGGACUUGGACGGCUUGCUAAUAUUGCAGGAGGAUCUCCAACCUUGCAGUCAAACAGAAUGCCCCAAGAUAAACAACAAGAGAAACUCUCGAAGAGUGCACCUUCAGAAGUCACCACCAUUAGUUCAUCUACCAAUCUGGGAUCAUAUUAUCAGGCUCCUGAAGCACUGAAAGUUGUAAAACCAUCACAGAAGUGGGAUGUUUACUCGUAUGGGGUAAUUUUACUGGAAAUGAUAACUGGGAGAUUGCCAGUUGUCCAUGUGGGACCAUCGGAAAUGGAUCUUGUUCAAUGGAUUCAGCUCUGCAUCGAAGAGAAAAAGCCACUUUCAGACGUUCUUGAUCCAUUUUUAGUGCCUGAUACAGAUAAAGAAGAGGAGAUUAUUGCAGUUUUAAAGAUUGCAAUGGCUUGUGUCCAUAGCACUCCCGAACGAAGACCUACAAUGAGGCAUGUCUCAGAUACCUUGGACCGGGUAAUAUCAUCAAGGGAUUGAGAAAACUAACAUUACCAUGAAUUCAGCUUAUGAUGAUUUUGAGUUGUCACAAUGAAGCAAGGAUUUGCCAAUCCAGACUACAGUGACUCGGUGUUACCAACAGUUGUGCUGACUUGUAUUGUCUUCGGGGUGAGGAUUCACAUUCAGAUUGUUAGGGAGGUUGGUGAAAGUAGGUCUGCUUUAAGAGCUAAGAGAGAUUGUAACAGAUAUUACUGAAUGGGAAAUCUGUACUCUGUAUACUUACAGUAUGUAUGUAUGUGAGAUCAUGUACUUGUUUUUAUCCUCUUGCUCUUAUAGCAGACCUUUCUUGUCUUGUUUAACUUUCUUAGCGAAUGGAGUUUCCUGUUUUGUUUU